AUGGCCCGCUUGUCGAUCCACACUCAUACACCGUUCCUUUACAUGGAUGAACCCUACAAGCCUCGCUCUACAGCGUGGGUGCCUGAGGACUAUCCUAAUAUUUACCAAUGGGAACAUGGACCUACAGAUGAUACUUUAUCUGCUGCUACGACGGCUCUUGGAGUUUUCUUUUGUUCGCACUGCCUCAGAUGUGGGGAGGACAUCGCUGGUAAAAGUGACGACUAUUUCUUGGGAAAACUUAAUUAUCGCGUAGCCUCUCAACAUGAGAAGCAAAGGGCCCGGCAACGCAAGCAUCCAGAUUUCCAGGUGUAG